UAGUGACUGACUGCAAGGGGCAAAUACAAGCCCAGGGAGCAAACAGAAGCGGGGAGCUGAACCUGUAUAAAGCUUUGGGGAGUGGAUACGAGGCGGUUUUUUUUUUUUUCUGCGUGGGAAAUAUGCGCUUCUGUUUAAAACUAAUUCCCGUUUAAACGUACCCUUAAAUUAAAAGCAACAGUAACUGAAUUGAUUAUAAGUGGUACCCCCCGGGUAAGAAUAGAUUCAGCUUGUUCUCUUGUUUGCCUCGAAUAUUCCCUGUAGGCUAUUUGUAGUUAAAGUAGGUUAAUUAUAUAAAGUAAUGGGGUGAACUAAAAUAUUCUCAGGCUUUAUUGACAAUUUUUAGCAGUAUUAUUAUUGCACUUAAUGUCAUAAUGCUGUGUGUAAGUUUAGUUCUAUUCACAUACAAAAACACAACUGAAGAAAAACAGACCGUGAGUCGCUGGCAAACCAUUUUCCACUUUGUUGUCAAAUAGGUGAUUUCUUAAGUAAUGGACAGAGGUUUUGUCGAGUCGUUGGAGUCAAAGUCCAUAUCAGAAGGCAACAGAACUUCAGAAGCAGGAUCUAUCAUGGCUACAGGCCUUUCUGGUGUGGGAAGUGCUUUUGAAGGGCAGAGUCUUAAGCUGGUCACAAACGAGUUCCCCCACACGGCCACUACAGAUGAUGAUGACGAUGUUGUGUUUGUAGAACUCUCUCCCUCUGCACAAAACUCCACUCCCACCCCACUUCCAACCCACACUGCUCCGCCAGCACCCCCUGCUCCCCAACCUCCACUUGAGGUUUUUCCUAGAGCGGAGACGACAAAAAUACUCUCUCAUCCAAAGGAACCAGUGGCACCUUCUGUGGACAGUCUCGCUGAGCCCAUCGUAAUUGAUGAUGAGGAGGAUGCAGACUUGGAACAAUCUGUCACCCAUGUGUCGAGCAAAGGGCCUUUACCAGAACCUAAUGGAACUUCAAAGAUGGACAUAAUGGGUUCUUCCAGCAACAAACUGGGGUCUCUGCUGACCCACACUGUCAUAAGCACCGAGCCUGAUUCUGAGAUCAAGAUUGCCAACGUCACCACGCUUGACAUGGCUUCCAUGCUUACCAGUAGUGUCCAGGGUCCUCUUGCUUCAGCUGUUACCACUGAAGGACCGCUGGACAUGAACUUGAUGAUAACCAGUGUAACCUCACUGCAAAAUGCCAGCCUGCGAGAGGUGGGGAAUGGUCCACAGAUCAGUAGCACGUUCAGUUUAAACCCAGAAGUCCAAAGUGCACCUGGCACGACCCAUGCUGAUGUCAACAGGCCUGGGGUUCACUCUGGUGCUGGAACUUUUAACCCAGGGAGAAUAGGUACAACUGGAGAGGCAGUCCAGAAUGGAGAAUCUGGGACACAUCAAAGACCUGAUUCAUGGAUAUCCCAGUCAGCCUCUUUCCCACGAAAUCAAAAACAGCCAGGUGAUGAUUCCAUGUCUCCAGCGGCUUCAUUGCCCAAAUCAGUCUUCCAAACACCUGCAUCCCAACAACCAGCUAAACCUGUGAAAGUUACCUGUGCUAACUGUAAAAAGCCGUUAAGGAAAGGGCAAACAGCCUAUCAGAGGAAAGGGUCUGCCCAUCUGUUCUGUUCUACUACCUGCCUGUCAGCAUUUUCCCACAAGCCUGCCCCCAAGAAAAACUGCACCAUGUGCAAAAAGGAUAUUACAAGCAUGAAAGGAACGAUUGUUGCUCAAGUAGAUUCAAGUGAGUCUUUUCAGGAGUUCUGCAGUCCCACUUGCUUGUCAUCAUAUGAAAAUAAGCAGAAUCCUGCCAAACCCUCUGUCAAGACAAGAUGCACCGUCUGUGGAAAGUUAACUGAGAUUCGCCAUGAAGUUAGCUUCAAAAAUGUCACACAUAAGAUCUGCAGCGAUCACUGCUUUAACAGAUACCGGAUGGCAAACGGCCUUAUUAUGAAUUGCUGUGAGCAAUGUGGGGAGCAUCUGCAGACAAAAUCAGCAGCUAACCAUUUCCUUAUAAUUGAUGGACAGCGGAAAAGAUUUUGUUGCCAAAACUGUGUCAAGGAUUAUAAACAGGCACAUGGCAAAAUAACAUGCUGCACUGGAUGCAGAACUCCAUGUAGAUUUUUUGACAUUACUCAUUGCAUAGGACCCAAUGGCAACAUGGAGCCAUACUGUUCAACAGCAUGCAUGAACUCGCACAAGUCAAAGAACUCCAGACCUGCAGGUAUUGGUACAGCACCGACUUGCCAUUUUUGUAAAAGAAGUGCAUUACCUCAAUUUCAAGCCACAAUGCCCGAUGGGAAGCUGUAUAACUUCUGCAGCUCUGACUGUGUGGCUAAAUUUCAGGCAAUUGGUGUCCAGUCUUCAACAAAUGGACAGACUACACCUCCCCAGCAUGAUAUCCAUUUAAAAUGUAAUUAUUGUAAAGGAUUAUUCAGUGUUAAACCGGAAACACUGGAAUGGGAGGAUAAAGUGUACCAGUUUUGCAGUAAGACCUGUUGUGAAGACUACAAAAAGCUGCACUGUAUUGUUACAUACUGUGAAUACUGUCAAGAAGAGAAGACUCUUCAUGAAACCGUGAAAUUCUCAGGAGUUAAGAAACCUUUCUGUAGUGAGGGGUGCAAGCUGCUGUUUAAGCAGGAAUUUGCAAGACGUUUAGGCCUGAAAUGUGUAAGUUGCAACUACUGCUCCCAGAUGUGUAAGAGGGCUGCAACAAAAGAAAUUGGGGGUGUUAUAAGAGACUUUUGCAGUGAAGCCUGCUCCAAGAAGUUUACAGAUUGGUAUAAUAAGGCUGCUCGGUGUGACUGUUGCAAAGUCCAGGGGCACCUUACAGAGUCGGUGCAGUGGCGGGCAGAAAUGAAACGCUUCUGUGAUCAGCAGUGCUUGUUGCGCUUUUACUGUCAACAGAAUGUACCCAACAUGUCCACCCAGAGAGGCCCUGAAAAUAUGUGCUUUGGUCAAGGAAAUCAAACAGGAUCAAAGACUACAAUAUUGCAUCACACCUCGUCUGUGUCCUCUCAUUCCACUUCUCCAUUAAAGGAUAUGAAGAAUAAGUCUAUACUCUGCAAACCUUUGACAAUGACAAAAGCAACAUACUGUAAACCACACAUGCAGACAAAAUCAUGUCAGACAGAGGAAGAGGUAAAGACUAAGUAUGUUCCAGUUCCCAUCCCUGUACCAGUGUAUAUCCCAGUACCUGUUCAUUUGUAUAGCCAGAAUACACCGGUUCCAUUGGCUUUACCUGUUCCAGUUCCUGUUCCAGUGUUUCUACCAACAACACUGGAUAGUGCAGAAAAGAUUGUGCAGACCAUAGACGAGUUAAGGGCAAAGAUUCCUUCAGAUCCCCUAGAAGCCGAUAUUUUGGCAAUGGCAGAAAUGAUAGCUGAGGCUGAUGAGAAACAAGAUUAUGCAAGUAUUAGUUAUCCCAGAACCUUGUCUACAGAUGCAAAGAGUGAAGUGGAUGGCACUGGGGAGGAAGUGAUGUCAACUUCAACAGAUAAUUUAUAUGAACCUGAACUGGACUUGGAAACUGAUUUUGCAAAAGUUGCAGAAGAGCUUAAAAGUGAAAUUGCAUUCAUGUUGCCUCAAGUUUUGGGAGAAGAGAACGAAGAAAAGGAAGAGAAGCCUCGACCUCAAGUAAAAAAGAAGGGAAGAAAAAGAGGAGCAGUUUUAUGUAGCAAUUCCCAGGUUGGAAAACUAGACACUCCAGAAAGUGGAUUUGCCAUGAAGUCUACCUAUGGGAUUAAUGCAUGGAAGCAAUGGAUUUUAACUCAAAAUGAAGCUGACAAGGACAAAGAACAAAAAGGUGAAGUUAAACACGCAAAGCCAGUAAGGUUAAAAAUGGAUCUGCUUUCACAUACAGCAGCAGAGUUAAACUACGGGUUAUCACGCUUUGUCCACGAGGUUCGCAGGCCGAAUAGGGAGUGCUAUUCACCAGAUAGCAUUUAUUAUCUUUGUCUUGGCAUCCAACAGCACCUGAAUGUACAUGGGAGAGCUGACAACAUAUUCAGUGAUCCUUAUUACCAGAUGUUUGGACAGGAAUUAAACAAAAUCUUGAAGGACUGGCAUCCAAGUGUGCUUCCAGAUGGUUCAACUUUCAGCAGAAUUGAGGAAGAAUAUCUGUGGAGCUGUAAACAGUUUGGAGAACACUCCCCUAUGGUUUUGCUUAGUACUCUGGUAUACUUUAACACUAAGUAUUUUGGCUUGAGAACAGUGGAUCAGCACUUAAGACUUUCAUUUGGGAAUGUAUUUCGGCAAUGGAGGAAGAAUCCCCAUACAAAAGAGAGUACAGUGUGCAUUCGAGUACACUCUGUUUCUGAAGAUCUAGAUAAAUCUGCAACAAGAAAGAGAAAACAUAAAGAUGAUGAAGAUCCUGAUUACGAGCCUGAAGGAAACUCUGGAAGUCUAUCUUGGUGUCCUGCUAAAAAGCGUGAAAGCUACUUGUAUGAGCUCUACCUCUCUAAGUGUCCUGAAAGUCUUAAGCCGAGAAUGGAUUUGUUUUACAUGAAGCCAGAAAGCUCCAGUUCACCGGAUAGUCCAUUAUGGUACACCACCACAUCCCUGGACAGGAACACUUUGGAAAGCCUGCUUACCCGCAUUCUUUUAAUAAGGGACAUUUACGAUGAGAGAGACACUUCAUUAGAUGAAGAAGAUUAAUCUUCAAGACUCUUUGUCAUACUGGAAUAUACAGCAUUAAAUGAAAUGCUGCGAACUAGGAAAACAUGUACACACAAUGAAACGAUCCUCAGCUCACACAUCUGUAGCAUUAUGCCCAGAUUGGGUUCUGUUCUGAAAAAUAUUUUUUUUGUAAGUGAGGGAGAAGGUUGUUAUCUACAUAGUGAUUUUAGCAAACUAAAUACUCUCAUGGAAGACUUUUUUUUAAUUAUUUAUUGAUUUAUUACAGAAUCUGAAUGACUGUGCCAUGUCUAAUCCACCAAACCCCCUGCCCCCGUUAAGAACAUUUAAAUGUUGCAGCAACUGCAGUGUUUAAAAGGUUCUCUUGCAGGAAAAUGUGGCUUUUGUUUUUCUUUUCUUUUUUUGCUGGAUCCUUUAUACCAGAAGGAUAAUGCAAUAUAGUCUUUAGCACUAUUAAAGAAAUUUAGAACACUUUUUGUUCAUGCUGUGUUAUUAUGAGAGAACAUCUUCCUUUUGAGGGUGUUUUUUGGAAACAUAGAGGUCAAUUCUUAAAUUGUUUAACUGCUGUUUCUAAUUUAAUCAUGCCCAUAAGGAGAGUCCUGUAUGGUUUUGAAAUUCAGUGACAAUUUUUCAACAGCUGAUCUCUUAAACCGUUAAAGAUAAAGAAUUAGUACUUUCAGUGUUAUGGAAACACAACUGUAUUCUGUAAUUCUGUCAAGUUUUUUUUACAGAUUCGGUCCACUCAAGCCAGUGAAAAUACUGAUCUAUACUGCAGCAAGAAAUGUGUCCGUGUACUUACUGUUGAAAUGCCUUUCCUACCUGAUACACAGUCAGCAAAUCUCAAGUGAGCAGCUUUUUAUGUAAAUCUGUAUUCAGCUAUUUCAUUAUAUAUGUUGCAUUAAUUUGCUGUGCAAGGCUGCCAUAUUUCCUGUUUGUGACCUUUAUUUCUAGGUGAUAAAUACCAUCCCAUAUUUGAAAUUCGGUUUACAUAUGCAUUCUGUGAUACAACUUUGUUUUAUGGGAAUCAUAGUGAUUGAAAUUGCUUUUGGUGACCAUUAAACUCCAGAAACACUUUAGAGGAGGAGGAGGAGGAGGAGGAGAAAUUUAACAAGGUGUUAUGCAAUUGACCACAGAAAUAAUACAAAUGCAAAAAUAGCUGCAUGUUCUUUUCUCUGAUGCUUGGUACACAACUUUGUUCUGUGAUGAUUGUUUUUCUUUACCAGUGUUACCACUGCAAUUCAGACUGCAUACAUUUCAUAUAUACAUUUUUCUUUAUUUCAAACUUGCCAGUAAUUUAAUCAGAGAUACCAUUUCCUUUACAUUAGGCGAUGAGAGAAACAUAGAAAUGUAUUUGAUCCAUUAAUGCUUGUCCAGUUUGUAAUAGCUUAUCCCAGAACUGCUGAUCCUCUGCCCUGAAUCUUUCUACACUCAACUUCCAAAUCUGUCUUGGUCUUGAUUUUGUUGCUGUGAUUUAGGAUUUUAGUCAACUCAACCUAUUUUUCUUCAUUUCACAAAGUUCAAUACACCCCUCCCCCUCCCCCAAACCUUGUAACUCAAACCCUUUACACCUAAGAUUAGUCUCAUUCCUCAUUUUCACACUAAUCUAACCAGAGCAUUAUUCAACUUUUUAUUUUUAUUUUUUUAUUCUAUGAUUCUUUUAGCGAAGCUACUGCCACUACACUAUUUAUGCCUCUUAUCUCGGAGACCAUUUGAGGCAGUGACUUCAUAUUGGCAGGGUUCAAUGCUGCAAGCUAAAUGUCUUAGACAUUGACUGCAUGUGCCAUUUUGAGGUCAUGUGACUUUAGGCUUAUACAUGCUAGAGGCUGCAGACUCAGAUACUGUUUAUUAAUGCAUUCCUUUUUAAGUUAAGUUUUUUUGAGGUUUAAUUCAGUUCAAUUUUAUUGGUACCCUUUCAUUUGGAAUAUGCUUUACAUUGAAUCUGGUAUUCUCUAACUGCAUUCCAAUAACAUUUUAUAUGGGUAACUAGAGAUUGCUCUACUCUACAACACACUAAAAAACAUGACUUCUGUUGGAUAUCAUUUUAAAUGUACCUGUAAAGAAUGCAACAUUUAAUUGUUUGAAGGUUUGUCUGUUUUUGCACAGACAUCUUUGAGAAAGCACACAAUUUGGAAUCUCCACUGUGUAUACAAUGUAACAUUUACUUGAGUACCUGCCAUGUACCGUGCAUUAAUUUGUAGGACCUAGAAUCUGAGAAUGAGGUGGUUUAUGUAGUGUUACAUAAUGCUGAUAGUCAAAUUUAUGUUUACAAUAUUAAUGUUAUAUUAUGGAUGCCAUGGUACACUGUUCUCUAUUAAAAAAAAAAAUAAUAAUAAUCAUUGUAUUGACAACAUUGUGAAGAGCCAUCCCUUAUCUGGCUCUACAACACUUGUCAGCACUACAGCAAGAGAUGAUGCUAUGUUAGAGUGGAUGUAGACAGAUUGGUGUAACAAAUGCUUCCCAAAGUGAUGUGGGAAGAAAGUUUGGGUGAAUUUUUUACUAAAGUAUUUUUACGUGACCGUAAGUGUUCUAAACACAAAAUCAAAAGCUGAUUGCUACACAGAGUAAAAAAUAUUAUAAUAAUGAGGGUAGCCAUACACACAGGCACCAUGGUGUAACCCCAGACUCAAAAGAGUUGACAAGCAUUGACAAGACAAACUCAUUUGGGCCUGAGUUUGAAAACACGUAUUCAGAGUGUUACAGAAAUACUCAGGGACAUUUCCAAGAUUCACAACUUGCUACUACUGUCUCGUGAGACAUGCAUAUUGCAUUAGUGUUGAUUUUUGGGAAGAGUCUUCAUGUGCCUGUCACUUACACAGAUAUAUUUAGAAACAAUAUGAGGAGAGCUUUCUUUAUGACUACAUUGUGUAUUACAUUUGUUAUGGUUCUUGUGGGUUGUGUUAUCAUCUAUAAUUUCAAGUACUAGUCAAGUUGACAACUGCUUCCUUCAGUGGACCAGUUUCAAUACAGGAUAAACAACCAUGUGUUAUUUUGGUAAAAAAUAAAUCACUGUUUUGAGUAAUAAUAAUUACAUUCAUAUACUGCUAUUCAUUCUGAAGGAUCUCACUUCAACCCCACUGAAAUGCUGCACCCACUUGGGUGAUGUGUGGCAGCCAUUAAUUUAGGAAAGCCUGAUUUGAGAAAGUCUGAAUUGGAUUAUUUAGCCAGGGUACCAGGAUUAACACCUUUGCUCUUCGAAUAGUGCUGUGGUAUCUUUAAUGAAUAGACAUGUACUGUAGUCAGGACCUUGGUUUAAUAUCUCAUCCAAAAGAAAGCACUUCCUGCAGCCUGUCACCAUGCUGGGCAUUGGUUUAUUUUUCCAGGUCUAAAGGGAAGAACGCCCAUUACUGGUCUCCCAACACCACUUCCAGUAGCAACCCAGUUUUUCUUUAAGUCUCUCAUCCAAGUACUGACCAAGCCCAGACAUUCUUAGCAUCUAAGAUCUGACAAAAUCAGGGUACUAUGAAUUGUGGAUUAUUUUCUUACUGAUUCAACACGGGGUUGUUUAUGUGACUUAAAACACUUCUACCUAAUUGAAACCUAAUAAAGAUUGUAGCAUACAAGCUUUGUACCAACAGCAGAAGAAGUAAAACAGACGAGACUGGACACUGUAGCUUUGGUCCAGAACAGCACUUCUUUAUGUAGAUAAUAAAUGCACACAACACUCAUGGCAAGCUUCCCCACACACUGGCCAAGGAGCUUUCACGUUCCCCUUAAAUUGCCUGAAGCAAUAAUGUAACAAAUUCUCGUCCCUUGAAUCCCUUAACAAGGAUCACUGCUGGUGCAGGGGCGCAUUCAUUUUAGCCAUGGAGGUCCGUCUGUGGCAACCCCUGCAGACUGUAGCUCCUAUGCUGGACCACAACUGCACAGCCCCAGUAUCCUGGACUGCACGUGCCAUUACAUAGCAUAUGCUUGGAAGGCUGUGCACAGCUCAAAAGGCCUCUGUACCACAGCUCGAGGCAAGUGCACUGCCAUGCUACACAGCUUUAUUGUCAUCAAGGAGGAGAGCGUCCACUCUGCAGGACAACUACUAUGGAAUCCUACAACUGCAAGAUAGUUCCAGGACUUCGGGAGCAACACCAGUAGUUUAGUUUAGGGUAUGUUGAUCCCAAACAAUAUAGAGAGGGUUUCAUAGUGUAGUAGGUUUCUGGAGUAGGAUGUCUCUUUUAAUGAGGCUAGCACUCACCUUGUGGGCAAACUUUUAUUUUUAAUUUUAUUUUGCUUUAUUUUAUUUAUUAAAUCUGACACUAGGGCUACCAUUGCUGGUACGCUAAUGUCAGCACGUGUGUUGAAUAAAAUCUUAGCACCUGUACGGCGAGUCAACACCCAAUGCUCUGUGUCUGCCUCGUUAUUAUUCAGUGACGACCCACACAUCUAACACUUCUCACUGUUAUAGCCCCCAUCAUCGUUCACAGACUGCUGUCAGCUGCUUCUGGCUGUGCUGUUCAUCCUCUCUUAGUUUUGGCAGCUGGUUGUGGUAUGCGGACGGGCCGUCAGUUGCUUCUGCGGGAGUUCCUGUGCAGUUGGGCGCUGUUAAUCCUACAGGGGUCCUGGAUGUGGGCACAUGAUACUCCGUCUACAUGAACCCCGGGUUGUUUCCCAGCAGCUGUUUGGGUUCCAGCAGAGCCAGCUCUGGGAGCUGGAGUGCUGACAGUUGCUGGUGGUGAGCGUCUGUACAAGCGCUACUAUUUCUGGGAGCCAGGGCAACGCAGGCACGCCGCUGCCAACUUUCCCCUCGUAGGGUUGGGCUUCACAAACCGUGAAUCGUCCUCCUUUUCUGCCCAAUUGCGCUUGGCUGCCAUUUCCAGUUCCUCUUGUAUCGUCUUUGAGUAGGUUAGACACGCAGCUCCUCGGCGCCCAGGUCAUCCAGGAACUGGUUCCUUGUAAACUCCUCUUGGACCCUGUGAUAAAGAGAGAACGGAUCAAUGUUAUAAAUCUUGGUCCCAACCAGAAAGGGCGCUGUGUAAGGAUGGUAGUAUGCUGCCUCCUAGAUGGACUGCCUUGACGGUAGGUGGAAACCGGAAGGUGACCAUAUUAGGGGGAGCGCAUAGUUGCACGUACCUGGAAAGACUUCAUUACAAUCAGCUGCAGGACGACUAUUAGAGAAACCAUGGCGACAGGUUGAUUUCAGGGAGGAGUUUGUGGGUACAAAGGGGCAGCAGCUACGUCAGUACACCACCUUGGGCUGACAAAUGUAAACAGAUGGCUGGAGCCUGUAUUGUUUGUUGUUUUUUGUUACGUGUGUGUUUUGUGUUGCAGAGGAGUAGUGAGCACUCCGGAGCUGUUGCUACAGAGUCACACCUGAACACUUCCCUGCACAGCACCACGUUCACUUGCACCACAAUUGAGCAUCCACCCUUUUGUGCAUGGAGGACGCAGGACAGAGUCCAUUGGUUUAUUAUUAUUAUUAUUUUGGGUUUGCAAGCCCACCGUGUACCCCCCAAUACCAUUGCUGGUAGAGGGGUGGACUCUGUGUUCCUUAUAAUAAAC